AGGAGUGGGGAGAUGUGCCUAGGCAACAACGAAAUAAAGAACCAUGCAGUGAAGUACUCUGCUGCCCCUCAACCCACCACCUAUGCACUACUACAGGAGAAGACUGAUCUGAAGCUGCCAACUGGCUAUGGGAGAGCCCCCAACGUGGGCCUGCAGGCACCUCUCUACUAGGGUCCAGCAGCAAGAGCAAGCCUUUCUCCAGAACAUCAAGAAGCUGUUGAAGAUCCCCUACACUAAGUCCCAUGGCAGUCCACCGUGUGGGAAGGACUCUCCUCCUAGAUGAACUGGCUCUUCAUGAGUUCUUCUCAGAGAGGAGAUUGGACAUGGCUAAUGGAGUUUUACCAGAGGGUAAUAGAUCGGAAGUGGUAGAGGGAAAAGAAGAGUAAAGAUCACUGGUACCAAAAAGCAAUCCUGUCCAAGUUCCUCUACUACAAGUGAGAUACUUGAGUAUAAAUGGUGAUGGAGCCACAGAGCCUGUCCCUGAAUCAGACAACCCUGAUGAGGAGUGUGGGGCGGAGGAGUUUGGUCCCUCCUGGCCCGUUACCUUCAUCAGCACUGCUUCAGACUCGGAGGAGGCUGCAGCACACAGAGGAAAGUCUUCACAUGGGACAGCAAGUAUGCAUUGGGACAAGUGGCUUCCAAAGAGCUGAACCUUACCACAUUGUUCAACAAAGGGGAGAACAGUCAGGGUUUGAGGAAUGACUUUGUGAGGAACAUCUUGUGGAUGUUUGAGGACAUCCACAUGCUGGUGUGGUCCAACAUGCCUAUCUUUGGAGAAGGAUGCUACCCAGCCUGCGGCUCAGGUCAGAAUCACGAAAAACGGGGAACAAUGGCCAUUAUUCAUGUCAGUCAAUAUAAAAAUGUUCAGAUGGUUUACUACUGUUCCACAGCAAUGUUCCCCUGCAAAAUACCUAGAAGGUUCUUUCUUUUUUAGGAAUAACCACAAGCCAAUCAACAUUCUCACAGGUAUUGACUACUGGCUGGACAAUCUGAUGUGCAAUGUUCCAGAGCUCGUCAUGUGCUUUCACGUCAAUGGCAUCGUCCAUAAAUAUGAGAUGAUCUGAACAGAGGACAUCCCUGAUCUUGAGAACUCCACCUUCUCAACCAUGGUUGUGAAAGACACCGCUCAGAACAUUUGGUUCUUUCUCAAGUCUAACUGCACCAUAAAGGGCUUUACCAACUGGCUCUUCAAAGCUAGUGGAAGUGACAUCGUAAAGCUGUAUGACCUCAUCACUCUCGAGGAAGCAGCAGAGGAGAAAUGCCAGAACCCCUUCACCCUGCCUGUGGAUGUGCUUCUUUACAAAGUGGCUAGCAACAUGAUACUGAAGAAGAGCCAGAACAGGAAGCAGUAUGGGACAAUCGGAACGUUGAUCCUCAACUGUGUCAAGCUCCUGGACCAGGACAGGCACCCACAGGAUGGACUGGACUCUUACUUACUCCACAAGACCAAAGGUCUUUGUUUGUUUCUCAAAUUUCCAUGCAGACCUUUCAUUGAUAUCCAGAGACAUUUGCAAAAAUAUAUAUAUCUAUAUUAUCCUCUCUCACUCUCUCCCGCCCUCCCCCUCCGUCUCUCUCCGUUCCCCUCUCUCUCUUUCUCUGACGCUGCCUCUAACCUGCUGAAGAACGGCCGGGCCCUGCGCUACAUCAAACUGGCCCUGCAGUGCCACGAGGCCUACUGUUCGGUGAGGAGUAUCCUGUACCUGCUGGUGCUACUGUUCCACAUCCAUCUGUCUCUGUGUGGGGACAUCCAGCUGUUGCUGGCCCAGAACGCAAGUAACCGUGCUGCCUACCUGGAGGAGUACAGCUACCAGACCAACGAGGACCAGGAGAGAGCGAGCAGCUGCCAGGUGAACAAGUCUGUAUCUAUAGCUGAGCAGGAGAUGUGGAAGAAGAGUUUCUCGUGCUUUGAGAAGGGCAUGAAGAACUUUCAGGCCAUUGAGUACAGCACCAACACCUCUCUGCUGGUGUGCAACACAGGCAAACUGAUGAGGAUCUGUGCCCAGGCCCACUGUGCUACUACCUACCUGAGGGCUAUGCAGUCCUUGGCCACCAGAGGGAACCACCCUGCAGUGUGGGACUUGGUCAACUGGGAGCUGUCCACUAACUACUUUAGCCUGGCCACUCUACUGCAGGAUGUUGCCCCUCUGUCCAGAAAGGCCCAGGAACAGAUUGAGCAGGAGGUGACGGAGGCCAUGCUGAAGUCUCUGAAUUACUGUGACCUGCAGACCAAGUCAGCCCGCCAGCCUCUCUACCAGUACAGAGCUGCCUCCAUGUACCACAGCUGCUUCCGCAACCAGGUGGGGGAUGAGCACCUGAGGAAACGGCACAGGAGCCUGGCAGAGCUGCACUACAGCAAGGCUGUCUGCCUGUCCCUCAGCCUGAAGGACGCGCCCUUCGAGCUGCUCCGCGCCCUGCUGGAGAGGGUGGCCUUCUCCGAGUUCACCAUGGCAGAUGGAUGGCCCAGAGUUGACAGGACCCCCUGACAGUAGUGCAUACGGCCCCACCUCCUCAGGGCUGAACACUAAAGGAAGUGAUGAAGUUGAUUGGUGUCUUUGAGCUCAGUUCCUCCAUCCUACUGCUGCAGCUGGUCAAGCUGAUGACAACCAUGAAGCGCAAACCAAGAAACAAGGACGAGGAGCUUCUGAAGACCUAUUAGAAUGGUUACUCUAAACUACUUCAACCUGAAGACUGCUCCACUCUUCAGACGUGUUGAGCUCUUCCUCGACCUCCUGCAACAGCUGACCCCACAGACAGGAAGUGGGGACCUCUGGGGCAGGGUCAUGACGACAACCGAAAUAACAGACCCUUACCAAGGUGUUCAAUGCUCUUCACACAUACACCUGCAAUGUGAAAUUAUCACCAGCUGUUCCUUACUACCAGAUUGAGCAAUCCACAAUUUUGCCUUUUGGUAUUUAAAUGUUUAUUUAUUUUAUUUUUAGAUUUUGUUUUACAAUUCCUGCACUUCACCUUUUCAACUGACAUCGUUUUGUAAAGGGGAUUUGGAAAUUAAAUUUACAGAUAUACAUUUUUCUUUAUCCCUAACUAAAUGAGGGAUACAUGAACUUUACUUAAACUUUGGAGUACCCGUAUCUCAACGGGAUUUGGUUUUAUAAACCUGAAUUAUAGUAACUAUGCUGUGAAGAAACGGAAGCUGAAAUGAAGUUUAUUGUAACAACAUUUCAAAAUGAAAAUAUGCGAUAGCCUGCAGGCAAUGUUGAAUGCAAACGAUCCAUUCAAAGGAUAAUUUGUAGUGGUUGCUGUAUUUAUGUUUGAAUGUGUGUGCCUGCAUGUUUGCCCUGACUUGAAAUAAAGGUUAGUAUAUAUUUCUAA